AAAAAAUGUCGGACUUGUAGUUAGUAGUUAACAGCAGUUAUGGUAAAAAACAAACAUGAAAACCACCAAAUUAACAAGCAGCCCGGGAACGAUUUCGGACAGUCCCGUUCGAAUAAACUCCACGCAAGAGAACCCCACAAAUCUGGACGUCGUUUGGGACUGGGACUCGCCCCAAGCCAAUAGAAAACACCCCAAAAAGUGCCAAAAACGAUUAGCCACCAAUUCCCCGAAAGCCCCCUUCAAACGACACCUCUCAGAGAACACCAUGCAAGAGUACGAGAAGCUCCAAUUGGAACUGAAAUCGCUGCGAGAGGAGCUGGAAGGUGGCCGGUUGUCCCCAGUGGAAGAGGCUGAAUACCACGACUCCGAUAAGCUAGUUCAAUUACCCGAGGACGUUUUCGAUGAACUAAUGGACGAAAACAUAGACGAGCAAUUACUGGCCGUAGGAGAGGAAUUGGAAAGGGACGCGAACGAGUCGUGCAAACAGCCAAGUCCAAUGAACAGGUUCAAAAAGACCGAUAAAUGUUUCAGUCGGGCCUUUGAUGAAUUAUUAACAGGCAAUUUAAGCGAGGAGUUUGCCAGCCAACGAGUGAAUAAUGAAAAUGUUAGUGGAAAUUGUGAUAGUAGGGUGGAGUUCCAUCGGACACAGAGCUACGAAAUGUCGACGAAAGAUAAUUAUCCGAAAAUCUGCACCCAAGAUCAGAUUGAACAGAAGCGAUUAGAAGCCAUAGGAAAAUUAAUGGCGAAGAAACAGCAAACCGAAAAAGAGAAAGAAAUAUCCAAGUGCACCUUGGAGGAAAUCGAACGGAAAAGGCUGGAAGCCCUGGCGAAAAUCCAGGCGAAAAAACAGCGGGAAUUUAUCGAGAGAAAACGCCAGGAGGCCAUUAAAAGAUUGCAAUUGUGGCGACAGAAGAACGCCGUCACGAUUAAGAGCUCUUUAACUCAGAAAUUCGAUGUGUUUAAGAAGAAUUAACGAGAAUUUAAGGAACAUGCCCUCCGGAAUGCAAUUGACGUUUUACAGCAACAGUACAAGGCCAUUCAGAACAUCUUCAAAAGUAUAUUUAUUUAAUUUCGUAUAAAAAGUUUGUAAUAAAUCUGUUUACCCAGUAA